UCUGUGAAUAUCGUUUGAACUCUCCACAAGUUUAUCAACAGCGCUCAUUUUUAGCUCUUACUAGUGUGCACGCGAGUUCGUGAGUGUAGGAGCACACACCCACCGUAAACACACGCCUCACUUUAAAGCCGGAGCUUUAAAUAAUUUGGUUCAUAUCAGCGAGUGACCGGCAAAUGGAUUACACUCCUCUGGUGUUUCAGAUGUUACAGUAGCAGUGUUGGGAAAUGAUGCGGUCUAGUAGCAGCCACGCGAGCGAGACUCAGGUGCUCCUCUGAUGUUCUUCACGAUGUGAUGCAGUGACUCAGUGAUGCUCUUGACACUUUCAGUGAACCAGUCAGAGGCGAUCUGAGACUCAUCUGUUAUAAUCACCUACCCUGAAGCCAUUCAUCAUGAUUGACCUGAGUUAUCUGACAGAGGAAGAGCAAGAGAUGAUCCUGGCAGUGCUGAAUAGAGAUGCAGAGCUUAAGAAGCUGGAAGAACAGAGGGUCAAGCAGCUUCGUAAGACUGAGCGAGACAGAAACAGGCUGAAGUACUUGACUGGGGAGUGGUUUUAUGAGACAAAGAAUCACAGACACAGAGACAGGAUCCAUGGCUCCGACAUCAUCAGAACAUCCAUGAGACAGAAGAAACCCGUGACGAUCUUGGAGCUUUCUCAAAGAUGGUCUGAGAAACCCAGCAGUGUUUAUGGUGAGAAGAAAGAUGUAUACAUCCCUCCAGAGCUUUUAGGCCUUAUUGAGGAUCCAUCCACAGAAUCACACAAUGAGAGGGUGGAUGAUGAGUUGGCAGAAGCCCAGGGGGAAAGGCAGAGACCUCAAAUCAAGCCAUGGGAGAAUCCAUUCAGUAGUGUGCGAUCGAAGAGAGAUGAUGCCAGAGAUAUCAAUGGCGUGAAAGAGUCUGAUCAGACACCUGCUGAGGGACAUCAUGAGGUUUAUGGUGAGCCUCAGCACUCACAGGUGUCCAACUUCCACGGCUCUACUGAGGUAGCAGGUAAGGCCAUUGGGUUAAGUGCAGAAGGCCAGACUGACAAAGUUACAGUGGAAGAGCGUCGUUCAUUUUCUAAGGUACUUGGAUGGUUUGGGAGAGGCUCUCGAGAUGGAAAGCUGAAGGAGUCGCUAGUUAAAAAAGAGAUGGAUGAAAAGGAACCAAAAGAUCAUGAAAGCCCAGAAGCCAAGUCAGAAGAUUCAGUGCCUUCAGUUUUACAGCCGAAGACCAAGCCACCACCAAAUACACGUAGGGGACUUUUUUCAUUGUUUUCGAGAGCAGAGAAAAAAGAUACGAUUCAUGAAGUUCGAGCAUCUGACCAAGAAGACAUAAGUCAAGAUAAAACAGAAAGUUCACAAUAUAAAAUAUCUUGUACUUUGAGGUCUGAUGAUGAUAAUAUACUUCCACAGACCUCUGUUCCUACAAGCAAGACUGCAGAAAUAAUGCAGGAAAAAACAGACAUACCAAUAUGCGAAGAUCCUCCUCAAAUAGAGACGUUUGACCAAGGUGAAAUAUCAACUGGAAGACUAGCCAACCUGAAGUCAUUCUGGGAAAGGGGCAACAAAGGACCUAAAAUACUGAGCAUCAAAAGAGAUUCGGAGGUAGAAGAAAGUGAGCCAUCUCAGCUUAAUGAGAAUUAUCAUGAAGGUGUGGAACGAAGGCUGUCAGAUUCCAGCAUCAGCCCAUCCAAACCCAAUCCCAAUGAUCCAAAUCCAGUUGAUGUACAAUCUACAUCAUGUGAGAUUUCGCCAAUCUUACGUAGAAGAACAUCCAGUGGUGUUGAUAUAUCAGCCACAUCCUCACAUGAAGAUGAGAACGCUUCUAGUUUGGAGAGCAAUAGGGACUCAAGCAGUGAAGUGUCAAGCAGUGAACUACAAACUCUCACAGUUAAAAUGAAUGCCAAAUUGUCACCCAGUCCAUUGCUAAAACACAAAGAUAAAUCUCUGGGCAAUGAGCUACAGGAAGAGUCAAUCUCCAGGGACAUAUCUGACUUGAAGAAGGAAAUCUCCACCUUCAAAAUGUCCCCAAGUCAACAGGAGGAUAAAGUUUCAAUUAAUGAUCUCAAGUCAUUUUGGGAGAAAGAAAAAAGUGGCGUUAGAGUAAUUGUAAGCUCACCAACAUGCAGAGCUAAUGUUAAAGAUCCAUCCCCAGAGUCAUCUCCAAAACAUUCUUCAAUAGAACUUUCUGAACCUCAGUUUGACAUCAGAUCAACCAGCCAAAGUUCCCCAGGCAGAAUGAGUUUCAAAGAGGCUGGACUGACACAAAAAGAGAAGAUGGAACAGACCGAGGAAAACCAAAAAAGUCCAAGUACAGUGCCAUUACAAGACCUUCAAGAUAUCAGAGGUAGGGUACAUUACAUAACCCAGAAUAUUUGUAAUUUCAAACAGUCCAUUUCAGACAAACACUCAAAGCCAAGUCCACCAUCAUCUCCCCUCAGAAGUCUCAUUGCAAAUGGUGAACAUGAUGAGCCACAGUCCACUGACAUUUACCACCCAAAAGACCAAGCCCAACCCGGAACUCCCAGCCCAUUACUGCAGUCUAAAGUACCUCGUAGAGAUUCAUAUCCAAACAAAGAAACCAGGAAGGAUCCCUUAAGUUCUCCCAUAAGAACCUUUGCAAUAGAUAUCAAUCCCGCCAACAAGAGUCCUGGCACUGUAAGGGUUGAUAAAGGGCAAACCAGGUCUUGCACCUCUCCUGAACACCACAGGAAGACUUCAGAUGGAGGCUGUGAUGUAAGACCCAUCAUGCCCAAAGAACGAAAGUUGUCAGCGGACUCUCUGACCCGGUUUUAUAUUCCCCUGAGUUUACACUAUUACCUGGGCGUACCUGAGCAGGCAGUCUUAGAUGAAAGAAAACAGAUUAAUGUGCAGGCAGGUGAAACUUUCGAACAGGUGAGCCAAGGCAGAAUGAGCAGUGAGAGCUCUCCUUCUCAACACUCCCUGCUCGAAUCAGAGGAGAUCACCUUUGACUCCUCUGGGAGCUCCACACCUGAGGCCUGGUCAAUCUCACACACCAGUUCAUACUGGGACAGUGAGGAUGACAGCCCUGUCAAAGCUGCCCUUGAACGAGCCAAUGCCAGACCCAUCUCUAUUUCCAAGAGUUUAGAGGACCUGGCAUCCACACCUUUACAAGAGAGAUGGAAGACUGACCCAAGGAGUGAUGUUGGGCUGAGUAUGGAAAAUGUGACUUCCAUCACCAAAACAUCCUUAUCCGACCCAGAACAGGUGAAGAUGAUGAGUAUGUCAAAUCCUGCAUUCAUGCAACAAGAGAUGGAUUUCAGAAACAGCGACUGUGCAUCAGUGAGCAGUUUCCAAUAUGACAAACUGAGAACAUGCAACACUCCUUCUAAUUUUAGCAUUUGCUCUGAGGUGGCCUCCAUGUCCUCUGUCACUGGCAGUGUAAUGAGCAUCUACAGUAGUGAGUUUGGUAAUCUGGAGGUCAAAGGCACAAUCCAGUUAGCCAUUCACUAUGUGCAAAAACUGGGAGAGUUCCACAUCUUUGUUGUGCAAUGCAAGGACCUCGCCGUGGCGGAUGUCAAGAGGAACCGAUCUGACCCGUACGUUAAAUGUUACUUGUUACCUGACAAAGCAAAAUAUGGAAAGAAAAAAACAUGCGUGAGGAAGAAGACUCUGGAUCCAACUUACAAUGAAAUACUACGGUUUAAGAUUCCAGUGGAGACAUUGAAAACCCAGAAGCUGAACACCUCUGUGUGGCACAACGACACUUUUGGGCGUAACAUGUUUCUUGGAGAGGUUGAGCUCGAUUUGGCCGAAUGGGAUUUCAAUAACACUCAGAUGAAUGAAUAUUUACUUAAAGGAAGGGUCCAGGUUCCCACCAGCCCAAAACAUUCUAUUGGCAGUGAGGAAAUGAGUGCAGAGAUUAAAGUUGCUCUGCGUUUUGUCCUACAAACUACUCACUGUCACAAGAACAAGGGGAAUGGUGACUUGCAAAUAUGGGUGAAAGAAUGCAAGAAUCUGCCCAUUACAAGAGGUGUUGCCAUUGACCCCUUUGUUAAAUGCGCAGUCCUCCCAGAUACCAGCCGAAAAAGCCGUCAGAAGACCAGAGUGUUGAAGAGGGCAUCUAACCCAGUGUUUAACCACACCAUAGUGUAUGAUGGUUUCAGGCAAGAGGACCUCAAGGAGGCCUGUGUGGAACUUACUGUGUGGGAUCACGACAGACUCAACAACCACUUCAUUGGGGGUAUUAGGCUGGGUCCAGGAACAGGUAAAAGUAAUGGCACUGAAGUGAACUGGAUGGACUCUAAUGUUGCUGAAGCAGCCCUGUGGGAGAGAAUGAUGCAAUCUCCGGAUGAAUGGGUGGAAGAUAUUUUACCCUUGAGAUUGAUGGUCAUGGCAAGAAUGUCUAGAUCGUAAGAAACUGAGGCAUAUGGUGACACUUUUGAACAAAAAAGAAUGCAGUAUGUAGGAAGACUAUAUGUAAUGUUAAAUAUUUAGGAGUUAACUUGAUGGUUUCUUGACUUGUUUGUUGAGGAAUACACAGAAUGAAAAAUAUAAUAUGCUUAUUAUUGUAAAGUAUGUGGAUUUAAUGUCUUAAAAUAAAAAAAUCCCUUAAAAUCUUUCA